UGACAAACUGACUUCCAAAAAUAGCUCAGUGGUGGGAAGCCUUCAUCCCCUCAAACUCUCUGAGCAUGCUCGGGAAAUUAGCAGAAAUGUGCCAGAGUUCCUAAUGUACACGGGAAAAGAUUGUCACUUGGACUGAGAGGCAGAGGCGAGAAGCAGUUUGUGUGUGAGGGGAGCCCACCGACGAUGUCUACCUUGAAGGCGGCAUUCCACUGACUGCAUGAAUCCUUUCUCGCAGGAGCUGAACCAGCUAGCGGAGUAUCUUCAGGAAGCUUUACAGCGUGAGCAGCUCCUGGAACAGAAGCUGGAGACACUGCAGUAUCUGCUGACCCACACACAGCUCCUCUCGGACAAUGUCUGGCAGGACACUCAGACUGAAUGUGCUGAUCUGACAUUGAAAAGCAGAGAAUCACUUGGAAAAGACUUGGAAAUCAGGACUGAACGUAAAAAAACAAAGGUGAAGAUGGAGGACCUGCAGAGUAAGAGCAACCAGGAUCUUCUCACUGCAGUGAAGGUAGAGAACACAGAAGGACAGAGAAGGGAUGGUGAGGAAACUCCAGAUGGCAAAGAAAUGGCUUCGCCUGACACCGACAUGGAGGAUGGGCCGAACAAGAAACGCCGAAGACCCACUCUACGCAAAGAGAAAAGACUUCAGGAAUCGAAGAUUCUGCGUAAACAAGCCAUGAUCAGAGACAUGAGCGGUAACUCAUUGCCGAAAUCAUCGUCCUGAAGUUACUGUGACCAUACCAUUCCUCAUUUACCCCCCUUCCCUGAAGGUGCUGACUCUCCGCCACCUACCGAAGAGAAAGGCCCCCCAGAUGUGAAGGUCUUGCGUCAGCAAGCAAUCGUCCGUGAUAUAAGUGGUGAUGUGCUGUCAUCUGACAUGAAAUCAAGUGAAUCAACAUCAAGUGUGACAAUGUCAGGUGACACAGAGUCACAUAUGAAGUCAGCCGAUACUCCAACAUCAGAGGUGACAUCAGUUGCCCCUAAAUUAUCGGUGGUCAAUUCAGCCAAUCCCAAUAUUUCUGAGGUCAAUUCCGUUGAUCCCAAACCAUUUGAGGUCAUGUCAACUGAUCCCAAGAUAUCAGAGAUCAACUCUACCAUUCCCAAAGUGUCUGAGGUCAAGUUAGUCAAUUCAACGGGACUCAUGUCAGCUGAACCCAAACCAUUGGAGGUCAUAUCUACUGAAACCAAAUAUUCAGAGGUUAAGUCAAUCAUUUUGAAGAUGUCGGAGGCCAAGUCAGUAGUUUCCAAAGUGUCUGAGGUCAAGUUAAUUGAUUCAAAACCAACUGAGGUUAUGUCAACUGAUUCCAAACCAUCUCUGAUUAAGUCAUGUGAUCUCAACCCAUCCGAGGUCAAGACUGCUGAUCCCAAACAGAUGGAGAUCAAGUCAGCAGAUCCCAAAUCAUCCAAGGACAAAUCAGUUGAUCCCAAGCUAUCUGAAAUCAAGAGAGCUGAUCCCAAAUCAUCUGUGAUGAAAUCAUGUGAUCCCAAACCCUCUGAGGUUAAAUCAGCUGAUCCUAUAGUGUCUAGGGCUAAAUCAGCUGAUCCCAAACCAUUUGAGGUCAAGUCAACUGAUCCCAAACCCUCUGAGGUUAAAUCAGUUGAUCCCAAACUAUCUGAGGCCAAGUCAGCUGAUCCCAAACUAUCUGAGGUCAGGUCAGCUGAUCCCAAACUAUCUGAGGCCAAGCCAGCUGAUCCCAAACUACCUGAGGUCAGGUCAGCUGAUUCCAAACUACCCGAGGCCAAGUCAGCUGAUCCCAAACUACCCAAGGCCAAGUCAGCUGAUCCCAAACUAUCUGAGGUCAGGUCAGCUGAUCCCAAACUAUCUGAGGUCAGGUCAGCUGAUCCCAAACUAUCUGAGGUCAGGUCAGCUGAUCCUAAACUAUCUGAGGUCAGGUUAGCUGAGGCCAGGUCAGCUGAUCCCAAACUACCCGAGGCCAAGUCAGCUGAUCCCAAACUAUCUGAGGCCAAGUCAGCUGAUCCCAAACUACCCAAGGCCAAGUCAGCUGAUCCCAAACUGCCUGAGGCCAAGUCAGCUGAUCCCAAACUGCCUGAGGCCAAGUCAGCUGAUCCCAAACUACCAGAGUCCAAGUCAGCUGAUCCCAAACUACCAGAGGCCAGGUCAGCUGAUCCCAAACUACCCGAGGCCAAGCCAGCUGAUCCUAAACUAUCUGAGGCCAGCUCAGCUGAUCCCAAACUAGCCGAGGCCAGGUCAGCUGAUCCCAAACUAUCCGAGGCCAGGUCAGCUGAUCCCAAACUAUUCGAGGCCAGGUCAGCUGCUCCCAAAUUAUCCGAGGUCAGGUCAGCUGCUCCCAAAUUAUCCAAGGUCAGGUCAGCUGCUCCCAAAUUAUCCGAGGCCAGGUCAGCUGAUCCCAAACUAUCCGAGGUCAGGUCAGCUGAUCCCAAACUACCUGAGGUCAAGUCACCUGAUCCCAAACUACCUGAGGCCAAGUCACCUGAUCCCAAACUACCUGAGGCCAGGUCAGCUGAUCCCAAACUACCUGAGGCCAGGUCAGCUGAUCCCAAACUACCCGAGGUCAGGUCAGCUGCUCCCAAACUACCUGAGGCCAAGUCACCUGAUCCCAAACUACCUGAGGCCAAGUCACCUGAUCCCAAACUACCUGAGGCCAAGUCACCUGAUCCCAAACUAUCUGAGGCCAAGUCACCUGAUCCCAAACUAUCUGAGGCCAAGUCAACAGAUCCCAAACCAUCCGUGGUCAAGGCAGUUGAUCCCAAACUAUAUGAGGUCAAGUCAGUUGAUCCCAAACUAUCCGUAGUCAACACAGUUGAUCCCAAACUUUAUGAGGUCAAGUCAGUUGAUCCCAAACUAUUUGAGGUCAAGUCAACUGAUCCCAAACCAUCCAUGGUCAAGGUAGUUGAUCCCAAACUAUCCAAGGCCAAGUCAACUGAUCCCAAACUAUCCGAGGCCAAGUCAGCAGAUCCCAAACUAUCCGAGGCCAAGUCAGCUGAUCCCAAACUAUCCGAGGCCAAGUCAGUUGAUCCCAAACUAUCUGAGUUCAAGGCAAUGGAUCCCAAACUAUCCGAGUUCAAGGCAAUGGAUCCCAAACCAUUGGAGGUCAAGGCAGUUGAUCGCAAAGCAUCUGCUGUGAUGUCAGCCAAUAUAGAACUACAUGACAUGUUGACAUGUGUCCACAAAUAUUAUGACCAAACAGUAAGUGAUCCUGAAGCAAUUGAUAUGAGACCAGGAGGUUCGAAAUCAAAUGAAAAUGUACUAGGCUUGUUGGAAUUGGAUCAGUUGAGGUUGCAGAUUGAGCAGCUUCAAAAGGACUUGAAGGAAUCUCAGGAGCAGGCAGCCCGACACCAGAAGAACUACCUGGAUUUACAAGGGUUGUUGGAGGAGCAGAGAUUGGUCAAUGUGCAACAAACUGAAAACUUCGCCAAACAAAUCCAGCGUCUCCAAGCACAGCUCCGGUCUGUUCAGGAGGAGAUCGAUAGUUUAGAGGAGGAGAAGGAAAGUGAACUGAUGGAGGCUCAUGAAGAACUGCAUUGUGCACAGGAAGAGAUUGUGAACCUGCGUCAGGCGGCUGAGGAGGCAGCAGGAGAGCGGGAGAAUGAGAUUGCCACUUUACAGGAGGAGCUGUGCCGUAUCCGAGCAGAACUGGAGCACCUUCAGCAGACAACACUGGAGUAUGAGCUGGAGAUUACCACAUUGAGGGCAGAGAUACAGAUGAAGAGUGACAGUCAGCAGAGGAAAAACUCUGAAGAGGUCACCCAACUUCAGGGUGCGGUGCAGAGUCUGCAGGUUGAGUGUCGGAAUCUGGCUCAAGAGUGCCGAGCUCUACAGGAUGAUAACAAACAGCUGAGAGAAAGAUUGCAACAAAUGGAACAGCAGAGCCGCAGAUCGGUUGAAGGAUUUAAAGCAGGCGCUCAGAGGACUGAAAGCCGACAACUGCAGCAAGGAAUAGAGGCCAAAAGUUUGCCCUGGAAAGAAAGUGGUAAAGGGCCAAGUGCAGCAGGUUUAAGCCUGCAGGAGAAUCCGAGUUCUGCACAGAAAGAGCAACUGCGAAAAGAUCAGGAGAAAUCAGGUGAUAAAAUAGUCCCAAGUGUUCGAGCUUUUGCAAGAAAUCAGCUUGAAGAUGGGUGGGUGGUCAGAGAACAGCAAGUUCCAAAGGAUGGAAGCAGCGAAGAUGGCGUGACUUCCAGUCAGAAGUUGGAAAGCGCUGAGCUUGCUGCUCCAGACACGCAGAGGUAUGAAGAGAGAGGUCUAAUUGACGAAUUGAGUCUGAGGCACCGACUACUGCAAGCAGAAGAGAAGGCUCUGUCAGUCCAACAUGAGUGUGAAGGAUUAAUCACUGAGCUGAGAGCACUGGAGGAGAGAUACAGAAGCAGUCAAGAGGAACGCAGCCAUCUGGAGUUGCAGCUCAGGCAGUACAAGGAGGAAAUCCACAAACUGAAAGGGGCACCUUGUCAGGACUGGUUGUACUGAUGGCUGUGCUGUGGUGCUGGUGGGCUGAGACCUCCCGGCAUUGACCAGACUCGAUUUGGAGGGUGGAUUCCAUUAGUGCUGAUGGUUAUUGCUACAGCUGGUCAAUCUUCUGUGUUCCAGCCUCACUUUUAACUUUCCAACAACC